AUGUAUUGUUGCAAACAAGAGAGUUCCUUUGAAAGAAGAAAAACCAUAAAAGCGGAAAGAGUCGUCAUUGAUUACCCUGUACGUACUGCACAGGCAGUCGUCAUUGAUUACCCUGUACGGACUGCACAGGCAGUCGUCAUUGAUUGCCCUGUACGGACUGCACAGUCAGUCGUCAUUGAUUACCCUGUACGGACUGCACAGUCAGUCGUCAUUGAUUACCCUGUACGGACUGCACAGGCAGUCGUCAUUGAUUACCCUGUACGAACUGCACAUGCAGUCGUCAUUGAUUACCCUGUACGGACUGCACAGGCAGUCGUCAUUGAUUACCCUGUACGGACUGCACAGUCAGUCGUCAUUGAUUACCCUGUACGGACUGCACAGUCAGUCGUCAUUGAUUACCCUGUACGGACUGCACAGUCAGUCGUCAUUGAUUGCCCUGUACGGACUGCACAGUCAGUCGUCAUUGAUUACCCUGUACGGACUGCACAGUCAGUCGUCAUUGAUUACCCUGUACGGACUGCACAGUCAGUCGUCAUUGAUUGCCCUGUACGUACUGCACAGGCAGUCGUCAUUGAUUACCCUGUACGGACUGCACAGGCAGUCGUCAUUGAUUACCCUGUACGGACUGCACAGGCAGUCGUCAUUGAUUACCCUGUACGGACUGCACAGGCAGUCGUCAUUGAUUACCCUGUACGGACUGCACAGUCAGUCGUCAUUGAUUACCCUGUACGGACUGCACAGUCAGUCGUCAUUGAUUGCCCUGUACGUACUGCACAGGCAGUCGUCAUUGAUUACCCUGUACGGACUGCACAGUCAGUCGUCAUUGAUUACCCUGUACGGACUGCACAGUCAGUCGUCAUUGAUUACCCUGUACGCACUGCACAGGCAGUCGUCAUUGAUUACCCUGUACGUACUGCACAGGCAGUCGUCAUUUAUUACCCUGUACGGACUGCAAAGUCAGUCGUCAUUGAUUACCCUGUACGGACUGCACAGUCAGUCGUCAUUGAUUACCCUGUACGGACUGCACAGUCAGUCGUCAUUGAUUACCCUGUACGGACUGCACAGUCAGUCGUCAUUGAUUACCCUGUACGGACUGCACAGGCAGUCGUCAUUGAUUACCCUGUACGGACUGCACAGUCAGUCGUCAUUGAUUACCCUGUACGGACUGCACAGUCAGUCGUCAUUGAUUGCCCUGUACGGACUGCACAGUCAGUCGUCAUUGAUUACCCUGUACGUACUGCACAGUCAGUCGUCAUUGAUUACCCUGUACGGACUGCACAGUCAGUCGUCAUUGAUUACCCUGUACGGACUGCACAGUCAGUCGUCAUUGAUUACCCUGUACGUACUGCACAGGCAGUCGUCAUUGAUUACCCUGUACGUACUGCACAGGCAGUCGUCAUUGAUUACCCUGUACGUACUGCACAGGCAGUCGUCAUUGAUUACCCUGUACGUACUGCACAGGCAGUCGUCAUUGAUUACCCUGUACGGACUGCACAGGCAGUCGUCAUUGAUUACCCUGUACGUACUGCACAGGCAGUCGUCAUUGAUUACCCUGUACGGACUGCACAGGCAGUCGUCAUUGAUUACCCUGUACGUACUGCACUGGCUUAUAUUGGUCCACACUGA